GCAUUGAGGGCCCAUGAGAAAAAUGCUCAUUGCGAAUGCUCGCUUCUUCGGCUCCGUGAUCUGGGAUGGACUGACGUUAGCAAGUUGGCAACGAGAAAGGCGAAUAUAUCUACCCACGUCAGCAACUGUCCCUGCCCCCAUGCUAACAACACUAGCACUGCCAAACGCCUGCACGACCCUCAAAAACACCAGUGCUCCGUAGUUUGCUGGUACUACAGCAAGAAGCACGUUCGCCAAGAUGUAAAUGGCAAGGCUUAUCAAGUACAAUGGACGGCGACCCUUCCAAUCUGCAAAAGUGGACCAGAAUAGCGGCUGUAGACGAUAUCAGCAUCUUUGUUGUCUGUUGAUGGGAUUGGGGAGGGUAAAGGCUUACACCGAGCGCAAAAGUCAUCAUGAACACUGAAACCGUCACAUUGAUGGCGGUUGGGCUAACAUUGAACUCUUUUUCCAGCACCGGCAAGGCAGGAAGAUAUAUACCUCCCGCCAAUGGCCCGAAGAAUCCAGCAAUCGUUAUAACAGACAAGAUGAACUUUCGACGGAGAGGGGAGAAAUCGGUAUAAGACCCAGACCCAUCCUGCUUCGGACUCGGAUUCAGGCCCGGCGGCUCGUCUGCUGGUGGCGGGCCAUUCGGUAAAGACUCAUUAUUGGACGUGGGAAGGCCUUGAUGGGAGGAUCGGGGACCUAAAGGUAAAGAUGUUUUCUCGGGAGUAUUGUCUGUCGGGGAAGGAGGCAGGGAUAUCGAGGCCGGGUCAUCAUCACGAGCAGGAGGGGGAACACGUUCAACUAGAGGGAUUCUGUCUUCGGGAGAAUGGGGGCGACUAUGGCGGGUGCGUGAUCUUGAUCUUGAUCGGGACUGAGAGGAAGAUGCUUUGUGCGGACAAGAUUGUCGAGAGCGUCCUAUCUGGACGGGGAUGA